GCCAUUGUCAAGUUUGACCUAAUGUAAACCAAUGAUGAUGAUGGGAAGGAGGACAACGAGUCGGGCUGCACGCUGGCAGCAGAUGCAGAUGCUGCUGCGGUCACUGGACCGACACUUGCACACCAGCAGCGGCACCAGCAGGUGUUGGACGAGUGGUGUCGUGUCUGCGCGCAGCUGUGGCCAAAGGAAUGUGAGUGGAAACAGGCGUACGGAGUUGCCACAACAACAACAACAACGACAACAGCGAAGACAAAAGCAUCGGCUGGUGAAGGGAACACGGGAUGUGAUGCCAGGCUUGCAGCGUGAGUUCAGCUUUGUGUAUCAGGCGCUUCAGGAAACAGCUCACGCUUACAACUACAGCGAGAUGAGUACACCGAUAGUUGAGUACAGCGAGCUGUUCCAGCGAUCCCUCGGCGCAACCUCAGACGUGGUCAACAAGGAGAUGUUCGCAUUCCAAGAUGCAGACGGCUCCAACGUCUGUCUCCGCCCAGAAGGAACUGCCGGGGUGACACGGGCUGUGAUCCAGAACUUGGCCGGGGAAUCUGUGCGGCAGCGACUGUUUUACUUUGGGCCCAUGUUCCGCCGUGAGCGCCCGCAGAAGGGCCGAUAUCGACAGUUUUGGCAGGGCGGGGUGGAGUGCUUUGGGAGCGCGUUGCCAGUCACCGACGUCGAAUGCAUCGCCUCCGCACGCGAUUUCCUCUGCUCGCUCGGGCUCGACAGUCACGUCAAGCUCGAGAUCAACAGUCUAUUUGACGCGGACACGCGCGCAAAGCACCGCACGGCCCUCACCAGCUACUUCCAAGAGCACCGGGCGUCGUUAUCGCGCGCGAGCCAGGAGCGUUUGGACGGUGGAAAUCCACUCCGUAUUCUGGACAGCAAAGACAGCGGCGAUCAAGUUCUUGCCGCACGUGCCCCGCGCAUGGCGGACUUUGCGUCCAGCGAAGGCCUUGAGAGGAAGGAGUGCGUCCUUGAUGGUCUUCGUGCGCUGGACAUUCCGUUUAGCGUCAACGAGCAGCUUGUACGGGGGCUGGACUACUACACGCACACGGUGUGGGAGUUUGUGACGACGGAAGGGCUGGGUGCGCAGAACACGGUGCUCGCUGGCGGUCGAUACGACCAACUCGCCACCAUCCUCGGAUCAAAGCGGCAAAUCCCGGCCAUCGGAUGGGCGUGCGGGGUUGAUCGACUUGUGCUGCUCCUGCAGGAGUGCAACGUCUCUCAUCCGCCGCCACCGCCAACAGCAGCCGUCAUCGAGAUCCACGACCAGCCAGCUUCUUCCGCCACCACCACCUCAUCAUCAUCAUCAUCAUCAUCUUCAUCAUCGUCGUCAUCGUCAUCAUCAUCACCACUGCCGGAGGUGUCACGCUUCGCCCUCAGCGUUGCGCAUAUGUUGCGGUGUCGUGGUGUUUCCACGACACACACGCACGGCGCCCGCGUCAAGCAGCAGAUCAAGGAGGCGCUACAACAAAACGUUUCGUAUCUCGUAUUCAUCGGAACCCAAGAAGCACAGGCGGGCAAGGUGCGGUUGAAGAAUGUUCAGACCGAAGAGCAGCACGAUCUGGAUCUAAACGCCGCCGUGGCGCUCAUGGACGGGCACACACGCAAUCAAUAGCACUGUGGAGCCAGCAUGAUCGAGACGUGCGCGCUGUGUGUGAGUGUGUAUGGUGUGUGUGUGUGCUUGGAGCACCAAGCAGCCACUUGCAUUGACUAGUUUGCUCAUUGUUCCUUCUUCCGCUUCAAUGGAUUAUGUGUGCACAUCUGAGAGAAGAAACUAGAACAGAGCGUGGC